AUGAAUAGCAGCGCAGACAACCUCUUCGGCCCUCAGCUUCCUGGAUCCUACGACUUCACAAUCGUCUUCGAACAGAGCAUCCUGUCUCUGCUGCCAUCAUGCAUCUUUCAGCUCGCGGCAGUAGUGCGAGUGCUUCGCCUCUGGCCUGAUAAACCAGUAGGUACUUGUCACGGUACACUUCUGCGUCCAGGUCGCAUUUCUGGUCCUGUGGUCGCUCCCUCCACAUGGAAAGCACAUACUUCUCUCCCUCUGGCCACAAUCGGCGUGCUUGAAGCCGUGGCGAUAGCGGUGGUUUCCGGAUUCGAACAUUUCAAGUCGAAGACGCCUUCAUUGCUGUUGAAUGGGUUCCUGCUCCUGUCGCUCGUGCUGGGCAUUCCUGUAGCCAGGAUUUAUUGGCUCAGACCAGGAUUUCAGAUAAUUGCAGCUGCUUACACAGUCUUGCUUGCGAUCAAGGCGCUUCUCCUCAUCGUAGAAGAGCUCCCGAAACGACACGCAGCUGCAGGCGACCAUCCGGGCGUGGAGUCGAAUUCGGGGAUCCUCAGCAGAAGUGCAUUCUGGUGGCUCAAUCCGCUGCUGCUGAAAGGUGCAAGGUCGAUUCUUUCAGUUGAUACAAUCAGCAGCAUUGGGCCCAAGUUCUCUUCUCAGAGACUGAAGAAUAAAUUGGAGCACUACUGGAAUCUUUAUGAUCGAAAGGACGAAUACGCUCUGCUUAAGUGCACAUUUCUGGCGUACAAGGGGCAAUUCGUAGCCGGAGUACCGGCUCGCAUAUGCUCAAGUGCAUUUAACUUCGCACAACCAUUCCUCAUUCACUCCCUCGUAGACUUCGUUGGCCAGCCUUCAGAUCAAAGGUCCAGGAGCGCCGCGAAUGGUCUAAUUGCUGCGACAAUCCUUGUCUAUCUGGGUCUGGCAAUAUCCAACGGCUGCUACCGCCACAUGACCUAUCAAUUAUUGACCAUGUGUCGCGGCGGGCUCGCUCCACUCAUUUUCGGCAAGAUGCUCAGGCUUCAAUCGAGCAAAAUCGAAAGUGCUGCACCAGUGACUCUGAUGAGCACAGACAUCGAAGGCAUUAUGCUCUCAGGGAACGCCGUACAUGAUGCCUGGGCCUGCCUGUACGAGCUUCCAUUGGCAAUGUAUAUUUUGCACAGAUACGCUGGCCACACUAGCCUGCUCAUACUCGUCCCGACCGUUGUCUCUUCACUUAUUUCAUUCAAGAUAUCGCCGGCCAUGGGACCCGCCAGAUCCAGAUGGAGCGAGGCCAUACAAAAGCGGAUCGCUGCAGCAUCCGGCAUUUUAAGUCACAUAAAGAGCAUCAAGAUCACGGGUUCUUGUCAGCUGUUCCACGACCAUUUACAGAAUCUGAAGCGGAGUGAGCUCAAGUUGUCGCUCGCUUGGCGGCGAAUCUGGAUUGGAGUGAACAUUUUAGCAUUUACAAUCCUUGCCGUCAUUAAUCUCACGAUCACACCGCUCAAUCAUAUGCUCACAUUGCCAUCCCAGAUCGCCAGCGUAAUGGGUUGCUUUCGCCGUCUGCAAAGCUUCCUCCGCCUCGAAGAAGACCAUUCGAUGUCGGAGCAUCGAAGCAAUAUCGCGAUCGCCUUAGAGCACGCCAGCUUCUCGGGCAGCGACGGUCGCAUCGUUCUAGAAGAUUGCAACCUCCUUUUCGAAAGAGGGAGUCUUUCCAUGAUCGUUGGCCCGACAGGAUCUGGAAAGUCGUCCUUGCUGAAAGCUAUCGCAGGCGACAUGACGAAUACUUCAGGGCAGGUCAUGGUCGAUUGCAGAGCUAUAGCGCUCUGUGAACAAGAGCCUUGGCUACAGAAUGUUUCCAUCCGGGACAAUAUCAUUGGCAAGUCGGCACCAGACGAAGCCUGGCUGGACGUUGUGCUACAAGCGUGCGCCCUCAAAGCCGACAUCGCGGCUUUAUCCAAUCAUCAAUUCACCAUCGCUGGAUCGGGGGGCAUUGCGCUCAGUGGUGGGCAGAAGAAGCGAGUGGCUCUCGCGCGUGCGGUGUACUCGCGUUGUCCUCUACUUCUCUUGGACGACAUCUUAAGUGGUCUCGACAGGACGACCACCGAUGAGAUUCUUGAGGCUCUUCUGGGUCCAUCUGGUCUGUUGCGGCAUACCGGGAUCACGAUUGUCAUGGCCACAUCGAGCGUCGAGCAUCUUGAGUUCGCAGACCGCAUUACCGUUCUCCAUGAAGGACAUGUCAGCAAAGGUCAAGUGACUUUGGACCGUAUUGACCCUGCAACACAGCGUACAAUACCACACGAGACGGCUCGCAAAGCUGCCUCAAGCGGCGGCUACGGUCAGCAUGCAUCGCAGUCUUCCGAAGCACGACCUAUCAUGAUCAGGGACAACAACACAGACUUCAAGAGACAAGCAGGUGCGGCUGAGUACUGGAAGGUCUAUCUCCGGUCCGUUGGCGCAUUUGGUGCGGGUGCCCUGCUCAUCAUCACUUCACUGCAUACCGUGUUUGCAAAAUUGCCUCAGAUAUGGCUCCUUUCAUGGACAAAAGAAGGGACUCGCAAUCACGAUGGUUAUCACAUAACCGUAUACAUAGCACUGGCCUUUGCUUCGUCUGCCACUUUCACCGCCGACCUCAUUUACUUUCUGCUGAUUACUGUUCCACGAUCUUCGAAGAAUCUGCACGGCCUUCUGGUGACCUCCGUGCUCAGAGCUCCCCUUUCUUUCCACACCUCGACAGAUUCCGGCACCAUUCUCAAUCGGCAAGUGCAUGAUCAAUCGAUGUUCAGCCAAGAUAUGACACUUGUUGAUAAUGCACUACCAAUGGCUGCGCUGAUGGCAAUAGUUUUCGCUUUCCGUGCGUUAGCAGAAGUGGUCAUCGUUGCAUCAGGCGCAUCUUUCGCCGCAAUCGCUAUCAUACCGAGUGUUGCUGCCUUGUACUUUGUGCAAAAGUAUUACCUUCGAACGUCCCGACAAAUGCGCCUUCUGGAUCUGGAAACGAAAUCGCCACUGUACACUUUGUUCAAGGAAACACUGGCGGGACUGGCCACCAUUCGUGCCCUUGGCUGGGAUACUGCCUUCGUGCAAGACUGCGAGCAUCGAUUGGACGAAUCACAGAAACCGUUCUACAUGAUGUUCUGCAUACAGCGAUGGCUCCAGGUGGUGCUCGAUCUUUUCACUGCUGGUGUCGCUUUGGUACUUGUCUCUCUGGCAGUGAAUACUUCCGAUGCAACAUCCAAGGUUGCCAUAGGUUUGGCCUUGGUCAAUCUGAUCGGGCUAAGUCAGACGCUGGUCUUGGUCAUUGAUCAGUGGACGCGGUUGGAGACUACGCUCGGGGCGGUCGCAAGACUCGACUCUUUCAUCAAGGAUUCUCCCGACGAGGAUCGAUCCGGUGAGCCACGUGGGUCCGGCUUACCAGACGACUGGCCGAGUCGAGGUGAGCUCGAGUUCGAAAAUGUUACGGCUUCUUAUGGAGAACACGCCGCCGGUAACGCCAUUCGCAAUAUUUGUCUCCGAGUGCAAAGCGGCCAGAAACUUGGCAUCUGUGGCAGAUCUGGAAGUGGCAAGUCAUCCAUCGUUCUCGCAAUUGCACAGAUGAUCCAGCUCAAUACCGGACACAUUCGACUCGAUGGCAUUGACCUCGCAACAAUAGAUCUGCAAGAGCUCCGCUCACGUCUGAUAAUUGUACCUCAAGAUCCUCUUGUCUUCUCGGGCACCAUCCGACAAAACCUCGUCCCAUACGACAGGCAGGCGCCAUCGGACGACCGCAUCGUUGAAGUCCUUCGCAAAACCCUCCUCUGGCCAGUAAUCUCGUCCAAAGGCGGCCUCGAUGCGGUCAUGGACGACGGCUUCUCAACUGGACAUCUGCAACUACUCGGUCUAGCUCGCGCAUUACUCGCACCUGGAUCGAUUAUCAUUCUGGACGAAGCAACUAGCAGCGUUGAUCAAAAGACGGACGAGCAAGUGCGAGCUCUGAUAUGCGAUGAAUUGAUCGGUCGAACGGUGAUAGAGGUUGCACAUAAAUUAGAAGUCAUCGGUGGUUAUGACAUGGUCAUUGUGGUCGACCAAGGAAAGGUCAUUGAGUUGGGAAACCCCCGCGAGCUGCUAAUCAAAGAUGACCCAAGUGCCUUUGCGGCUUUGUGGAGGCAGGCUUGUUGA